AUGGCAAUAACAAGACUGUGUGGGGAACGGGGAGAUGGUGGUGGGGGAUGCCGGUUUGUGAGACAAGGGAUCAAAUGUGGGGAGGAGUUGAAGAGAAUGAUGGAAGGAGAACAAACAAUUGUACAGAACGUGGGGAGAAGAAGGAACAGCCGAAAACAUGUUGUGGACUGUUGUAGUCUUGAAUCGGAUUUUGGUUUGGUUCGGGUCGUGGAGAAGCUGGGAGAUGGGUGGUGGUUGGCAUUUAACAAAAGCCUCUCUUAUUUCUACUCCAAGUCUGAAUUAAAAAAAGAGGACGCGUAUUCGCUUUUGCCCCCUGAUAGCGUUUCAGCAACCUUCGCUCUACACUUCUUUCUACUCCAUCGACGCCACUCCUUCUCCGAUCUGAACCAUCCCCCGCCUCCCUCCGCCAGCGACGCCGACGCCGACCCUCAGAAGUGUUCCGCAACCUUCCCUCUUCAUAUCUGUUUUACCCCACCCUCCGCCAACACUCCGCCACCAACCGGUCACCUUCUCCGCCAACAUCGCCAGCGCUUCCAUCCAGCUCCGUCAAACUCGUCGUCAGCAGCCAUCAAGCUGUCAUACCAUCAUAACAGCAAUUUUGUGGCAUCAUUCACGACUACAAAUAUCCAAAACUCUAAGUUGUAA